CUUCUCGAUGACAAUAGUGUCAACAUUAAAUCUCAACCAAAGUCAAGUUUUUGUAGUGCCAUAGCUAAUCAAGUAUUACUGAACAUACUGCCAGAGAUUAAGGUAACAUGACCAAGAUCAAAGGUUACUUAGCGUCAACAAACUUUGGCCAUGUUGGGGGUAUCUGGAAUUUUCAUAACUUAAAAAGUGUUCGGAUCUGAUCAAUUAAACUUGGGACAUAAGAGCAACCAUGUAUCCCUGAAUAUCCUGUGCGAGUUUCAGGUCACAUGGUCAAAGGUAAUGUAGGGUCAACAAACUUUGGGUUUGUUUGGGGUGUUUGUUGGAUUGGCAUCAUAUAACUUGGCAGAAAGUUUAUGGAUCUAGUUCAUGAAAAGUAGACAUAAUGGUAAUCAAGUUUAAAUGAUUGUUUUACACACGUCUGAGGUCACAUGGUCAAAGGUCUUUUGGUAAAUGGACGUAGUAUUUAUUGUCUUAUGAAUAUUCGCUUUUGUGAAUAAUUAUUCAAUAGUAGAUUUCAAAGUCAACACUUCUGCUAUAUCAAAUCACACAAUGCAGAGUUUUGACCAAAAUUCAACUCUAGACGACUCAUUAUUAUUUGUUGUCAAAUUAUUUUAUGUUUUUUGUGUAUCAAACCAUAAUCGUUGUAAAGGACACAGAACUUCAUCUUUGAUAAUUCUUAACAUUACUUGUGUUGGAAUUCCUUGUAACCAAAGAGUCGAAGUAUGUAAAGUUUAUAGGAAGGCAAUUAUUUGGGGCCGGAAUUUUGCUGCUACAAGUAUUUCAUUUUAACGUGUUUGUUAUGACAGUGUGCUUUCAUUAUUUCAGGGAUCGGGAUUCAUGGUCUAUCUCUGAUACAGGUAUAUAUCUGAAAAUGUCUUGCCAAAGGUGCCAAAGAUUUCGAAUGAAAUUGUUCAUGCAGAGUUUUGAACUUUCAUUUUUUUAUUUUGUAAGAUAGACUUUGGACCAAGAUGCAAUCUAAGGUGAUAAUCCAGUAUUAUUUUUAUGUCAAAUCAAUCCAGUACUUUUUUUUGGUUGAAUCACAUGUUUUUGUGUAUCAAAUAAUAUGUGUUAAGGAUAUAGCAUUAAUAUUUAUACUUGUUUUAAAGAUGACAUGGCCACAAUGUUGAGAUAGUCCUCUGUAGGUUUUACACAAAAUCAGUUUAAUGUAUUGUGUAAACUUUACAAAUGUACCCAAGUGAGAUAAAUUCGAAUAGGUGAAUUCACCAGAAAGGUAGUGGCAAUCCAAUAGUAUAUUAUGAUUGUUUAAAUCUAUAUAGGACACAUACAUGUUUACCAUAAAGCUGAAGCUAAAGAACUAAGAGGUCUUUGAACUUAGUAUCUAGUUGACCAUAUGGCAAUAAUACAAAGAUUAUCCAUAUGUAAAGUUAACAUUUCUGUAAAUGAAUAAGAGCAAUCCAGAGCUGCCAACUUGUAGGAAAAAAGUCAUAGCUAUUAGGAUUUUCAUGUCAAAUUAUGCCACUAUGCUUUUGACCUUGAUUAUUACACUUUUGAUGGCAAAGUAGUAUGUGAACAUUUAAUACUACACAGUAAUACAUUGCUCACUGUUAAACUCAUCUGUAGACAUCCAAUGAUGCACAUGAUUAUGUUUCUUUGUGUACAUUGCUAUGAAUGUUAUCAUCAUAUGCUUAAAUACUGACUAGAUUGGUUCUUCCCUCUUGGAUUUAUCAAUGAUUUAUGCAAAAUGUAGUACCAGAUAUGAUUUUUUAUCUGAGCCAUCAAAAGGAUUCAUUUCUUUCUAGGGAUACACUCUUAUACUGCAAUUUUUGUAUGCGUUUUUUAUGUAUGACUAAAACGCUCUAUAUAGAUGAUAAUUUGUAAGACCUUGUGUCGCAAAUGAAUAUAUUAUUUUUAUUUCAAAGUAAUGACUUCUGAGCUUCUGGAUUACUACUCGUGCAAUAUUGUAAUGGAUUUAGUUUUGUUUUUCAGCAUCAUAUUCAGUUCACCUUCUAACAAUACUCGAAAUUUCGGGUUUUGUAUCCCCCGGUGUAAAAUUAAGGUUACUUUGAAAUCAGCAGCAUUCCACCACCUUAUUGUGUGUUUUGUAACGGAACAUAUUUAUUAUAUAUAUAUUCGUUAUAUAUUUGAGAUCAAGAGUAUAUGAAGAGUAUAUUUUUGAGAAGGAAUGCAUUCAGUUCCAACCAAAGGUUUAUUUCUAAGUAUUUGAUUAUAAAAAUGUUCAACAUUAAAACUUGUGUCUUCGUGAGAAGAUUUAUUGGUGACAAGAUAUUAAUAUCUCGUUUUCAAUAUUUUGUCAUUGAGAUUUGCAUCCCUGACGAAUUAGUAAAGGUCGGUGAAAAGGACACAAUAAUUUAUACAUAGUUUUUUGUUCUCUUUACAAAGGUAACUUACAAAUUGCUGAGCGAAUUUGGUCAGGUUGGUUUUCAAUCUUAUUAGAAGGUAGUGCUGACUGUGGAGGUAUACUCAUCAACUGCAUAGUUGAAUUGCAUUCAACACUUUCAUGUCAUUUGCUUAGAUGCUAUAUUAAAGGACAAGUCCACCCCAACAACAAGUAGAUAUGAGUAAAAAGCGUUAAAAAUUCAAGCAUGACACUGACAAUUUCAUCAAAACUGGAUGUAAAAUAGAAAGUUAAUAAGAAAGCUUAAUUUCACAGUUAAAUGCACAUCCUGGUCAGUAUGCAAAUGACUGGUGGCAUCACCGACUCACUAUUUCUGUUGUAUUUUGUUAUAUGAAAUAGUUCAAUUUUCUCCUUAAUGUCAUCUCCCUUAACAUGUGGAAUCACCGUUGUUUGAACAUUAUGGCCGGUAUUCUCAAAGGAGGUUUAGUUAGUCCAUUGACUAAAUCGGUGGUUUAAACCUCCGAUUUAGUCCAUGGACUAAAUUUUGGUAUUCUCAAAGGUGAUUUAGUCGGGGGUUAAGUUAGUCCGUGGUCUAAACGCGUCGUUUUACGUCAUCAAUUUUAGUCAGCUGUCGUGGGUGGUUUAAAAAAUUUAGUCCAUGGACUAAAUUUCGUGCGCAUGCGUAGUUGCUUAAUCCUCUGCAUUUUUUUUUUCUCUUUUUCCCGCUCAAAUUUCAUCGGAGACAGAUCAGAGACCGAUUUAGAUUCGGGUUACAUGUAUAUUUCACUGAACCAGUUUUUGGUAAUUUUCGCCGAAAACGUAAGUAUUUUGUUGCCUCUUUAUUAACCCUUUGCGUGCGGGCCCGCGAAACCGGAUACCUCUCCCUGCGGCGGAGCCGUUUUUGUACAUUGCUGAUAUUUGGAUCUGUGGCGGUGUUUUCCUAAUCUAUUGCUAAUUGCGCCAAACUGAAGUAUUUUCAGGAUUUUUAGUAAAUGUAAAGAUGAAAGAUCAGACAUUUUUCUUUCUAGAAUUAAAGGUCUCGCUUCUCAAAUCAACAGAAUAAGUAAGAAAUUUACGAGGAAAAAGUCGUGUUAUUUUGUAAAAUCUUCAUUUUUCCCCAAGUCAAUAGGCACUGUGUACAAAAUUGCGUAAGGGCAAUCAGCACGCGCGGACAAGUCGGGUUCGAUCGAUACCGCUUUGUUGUCUGCUCUAGUGCUUUUUUAUUGCUUAUUGUCACGCUAGUCAUGAAUGGUCGGUCUCUUUACCUCCUUAUAUUCAGAUCAUUUGCAAAGUGUAUAAUUACGACGAUAAUCCGUUUUGGGUGAAAUCACAGCAUACCAAAUACCUUUAUUUUCCAGAAUGAAUAAAAAAGGGUGAAUAUAUUCCCUUGCAAGUACGAUGAUGAUGCUGCGCAACGAAAGUCCGAAACUAUAUUGUGAUUUUUGGCUUCUGGGCUUCAAGACGGUGGCCUCAAUGUUUCACUAAAAAUCGCCCUUGGUUUCUUCUUUUCAUAAAUUAUAGUUUGUAAUAAAAAAUAAUUUUGUUCCUGAAGAUUGCAUACCAGUGUUCGAUUUGUUUUCCUGUUGCAAUUUCAAAGAGCGAAGGGGGUAAAUGUGACUCAAAUCUGAAAUCACACCUCCCAACGCUCUCCUCGUCUCGUUCUACGUUUCAUUUUUCUAUCUCCCUUUUCCCUCCAAAAUAACGAUGCUACCGAUUACUGUUCGUCACAAUGAAAGAAAGUAAAUUUUAUUAUCUAUUGAAAUUGUAGCAUAAACUUUAAGUUCAUUGUUAGUUUUAGCGUUUGAACUGAUUAUGCUUUUGUCAAAUUUUCAGUGCAAAAAUGUUCACAUGGGAGAGAAAGAGAGAAUGAGAUGAAGAGCUUCCAAAACCUAACAUGACAAAUUCAUUCUAUAAAAUGAAGUGAAUUUCAAAUUGAGGUGGGGGACUAUAGUAUUCUAAUUCUUUAUAAGUAAAUAUUUAUGCAAUAGCAAAAGUGCACAUACCUUUUUGGUCUAUUUCCUCUUUUUCCCCUUGCAUUCUUUCUGUCGAUUUAUCAUUCUCCUAUACAUGUAUCUCGAUUUGCAUUUUCUAUUCUUUUUAAAAAUCUCACUUGCAUCUUCUUCCAUCCCUAUGGGUAUCAUCACCCAGGGGAAAUUGUAUUUUUUGAAGAAAGCACUGUCAUGCUCAAGAAAAUGUUCUUGUAAAGUCUUAAGCGACUGCAUGUUUUAAAUAAGUAAACAUUUACUUUUUUAUUGUUACUGUCGUAAUAUAAAAAGCAGUAUUCCUAAAAGCUUUUUGUAUCGCUAAAUACGAGAAGCAUUUAUUAGGUCAUCCUGACGAAAUACACUAAUCUUCCUUUUAUUCAGGGCGUUGGCUAUUUGUCCCCUGCUCUUUUUAUAAGGAAUUUGUUUGAGCGUCCGCCAUGACUUUCUUUUGUUCAUUUUUAAAAGAGCAGAGGAUAAACGGUGUUAUUAAUUCCUUUAUUUUGUUUCCUUUGAAAUAGAGGACAAAAAUAAGAGCAAUAUUGGAUGAAAGAACGAGAGAAAGCGGGGGUAGGGGUUCAAAAGUUUACCAGGGGCUCGUAUUAUAUAAAAUUUGUUUACAAAUUUUCAAUAGCACUUGAAAGCUACUGAAACCAUUCUAUUUGACUGGCGGAUGGUAUUUUUUUUUUUUUAUUAUUGCGCAUUUUUCAAUAUAAAAUGUGCAUGUAUAAUGUAUUUAUAAAACGGUACCAUUUAAGGAUUUCCUCGUUUUCUCUUUUCCCUGGUUUCUAACCUGUAACUGAAUGUAUUAUCUAGCGCUUUCAUUCCCUUAUAUCUAUCGUCUUUCUUUAUCCCCUCCCUUCUACACCUUUUUUCUCUAAGUUCUUCUCAUUUAAAUUAUAUCUAUAUCGUCUUCUUUCUUCCCGAUUUGGAUUACGAGGUAUAUACCUGCCCCCAUCCCCUCAAUCCUUUCUGAUUUUUCUUCUCAGUACCUGUCAUUUUACAUUACAUCUAACGUCUCCCCCCUCUCUCUCUCUUAAUCGGAAAAGGUUCCGAGAGAAUGCCUCGUUUUUGGCAACUUGUAUUGAUCGGAGAUGGUUGCAUUUGUGGGCCUCUCGUCCUAUUGCAUCGUGGUCAUCAUGUCGAAAAUUUUGGUGUUUUUCCCCCCUGUUUCUCAAAUAAUGUCCCGAAAAACAUUUUAAAAUUACUAUUGUAACUGUCAUUUCUCAAUAAUUUCUAUAUCAUCUUCCUUUUUCUAUAUCGAUAACGUGGGUAGAUAUCUACUUAGGGUUAUGGCAAGACAGAGGCCUCAAUCUUUCACUAAAGGUAAUUUUCUUUUUUAGAUUUUUUCAUAAAUUUUAUGUCUCAUUUAAUUCGAUUUCCCACGCAGAUAUUAUAAUAAUAAUAAAAUAAUCUUGUUCCUGAAAUUUGCGCAUCGGUAUUCGAUUUGUAAUAUCCUGAAAUUAUUUCAAAGAGUUAAAAGAAUAAAAGUGACUAAAAUUGUAAGUCUGAAAUCAUACCUCCCAACUCUCUUCUUGUCACUUUCUACGUUUCUUUCUUUAUCUUACUAUUCCCUCAAAAAGAGCCAAGCAAUUACUGAAAGUAACAGAAAGUAUUUUUUUUCUUAUUAAAUAAAUUAUAGCAUCCGCAAUCAUAAGUGUUUUUUAUUUGUUCUUUCGUUUUGUUCGAUUGUCUCCUUCGUUCUGUUCUAUUGUCUCCUUGAUUUCAAAACCGAAAAUAAAUCAUUAAAAAAAUAUUAACAAUAGUUAGAAUUCAUUUUUGUCUCUAUCGUUUUAAUCGUUCAAUCUAAUAGUACAGAGGCGGCGGAUUUGGUAGGUAUUUUCAGUCCUCACCCCUUGCAGCAAACAUGUACAAAAAUCCGAAGUCUAUAUAAAUUUCUGAUUUUUUUUCGGCCGGUCCACUCCCAUGACUCCCUCCCACAUUCAGUAACGAAAACAAUUUUUUCCCUCUAUGAAUCUUUUCUACCACGCUAUUCGCCGGUAAAAAAAGGGAGAAAGAAAUUGGCAAAAAAGUAGGAAAUUCAAUAAAAUUUGGGUCGGUAUCAACAUUUUUUUGUUUGGGGGGGGGUGUAGGUUACAUAUGAAUAAACGUUUGUAGGAUUGAGAGGGUUCUAUCGGGUGACACGCCAGACAAACGUUUUCUUUAUAGGGGGUGCCUUAGCGUAAUUUCUCAUCCUGUAUCAUUCUAUUUCCUCCAAGUUCGCGCGAGGAAACUUUUAGUUCAUUAUUGGUUUUAUCAUUUGAAGUGAUUAUGUUUCCGUCAACUUUUCAAUGCAAAAGUUUUCAUCUGGGAGAGAAAAGGAAAUAGGAUGAAGAGCUUCUAAAACCUAACCUAUUAUAAAUUCAUUAUGUAAAAUGAUAUGAAUUAACAAAUUGUAAUAUUUUAGCCGCUUCAUCCCCGUCCCACAGCUCAACCCGUGUACCAUAAAAACAUUGCUGUCCCUGUAUAACAUCUUUUUCCAAACAUUUUGGUUUAGAUGCAAACCAUGGUAAGCGCCCCAAAUGCGAUUUUUUUUGGGGGUCUUAACGGGAAAAAAAGGGGCCAGGACGGUCUUUAUUCUUAUCAUUUCCACCGCGUUACUCGCAAUUAAAAAACAGAAAAUCGGAGAGAGGAGACAAACAAGCAAUAUAUAUUAGAGUGUAGGUCAGAACAUUUCCAUCGGGGGGAGGGGGGGGGGGGGUCAAACAAGAACAAUGAUAAACAGUCAUCAGUUUGGGAAGGGUCUGAGGACCGAGUUGCAACAAGUAAACGUUGUGGGAUUUUUUAAAGUAAUCUAACCAACAAAUAAAGUCAUGUUGUAAUUCGUUUAAGUAGAUAUUCAUGCAUGGAAUUUUAGCAAAAGCGCACUUGUCUGUUCCCCCUUUUAUCACUGUAUCUCAUUCUCUCUCGUUAUCCCUGACAUUUGAACAUAUUUGUUCGAUAAUUUCCCUAAUUAUUCGUUCAUCCUUAUAUGCAUCAUCACCCAGGGGAAGUGCCUUUAUGCAAUAUGAAUCACUGACGGAUGUCAUAAGCACCUGUGUUGUCGGUAAACGAGACCUUUUUUGUAGAUACGGUAUGUUGGUUGAAAAAAAAAGAUUCAUAAAAGCUUUUUGUAUUGCUAAGUACGAAAAACGUUCAAUGGGUCAUCCUGCCGAUAAACACUAAUCUUCCUUUUGUUCGGGGCGUUGACCAUCUGUAUCCUGCUCUUUUCGGAAGGAAUUUGCUUGAGUGGCCGCCCAGACAUUCUUUUGUUCGGGUAGUGCCGAUAUCAUGAACUACAUGGACGUUCCCCUUUUGAAAAGAGCAGAAGAUGAAUGGUGUGCUAAACUGCCUUCUUUUCUCUUUUUUCAUAAUAGUAGACAAAAAAUAAUGAGAAGAAGAGGGAUGAUGGGGAGGGAAAAAGUUCAAAUGUGCACCGAGAUCAGCUCAAAGUACUCAGACAUUACAAGCUUUUUGCUUUUCUGAAAAUGCAAUCAAUCGAUGAAACCAAGGAGAUAUCAUUCUAUCUAGAGUGAUAUCUUCUUGAUUAAACAAAUAAGACGAAAAUGGUGAAUAAACGCGUAGCUUAUUACGUGACGAUCUUGCAGAAAAGAUGUUAGCGUAUAUCUAUCAGAACAACGAUAUGGAUCAAAUCACGUGAUCGGAAAAAAAAAUCACGUGAUCAGGCCUUAUGCGCGCGCGUACGUGCUCGUCACAAAAUUUAUCCUUCCCGUCCGACUCCAACGAAAAAAUCGGGUAAAGUUGAAAUGAUUUCCUAUUUUCGGGAUUUUUCCCCACGUAGCUGUAUAUUUUUUUCAAUCUGUUAUCGAAAUAGGUUUAUAAAGUAAAUAGUGGCAGAGGUUUUAGUACAUAGCAAUUACGAAAAAGCUGAAAAACUUCAUUGAAUUAAACCAAACAUUUCUCGGCUUUUGUAGAAGCCCGUCGUAGCUAAGUGAAUGACUCGCUGGGCUUCUGUGGAAGCCCGUCGCACGCAAAGGGUUAAGGAGUGCGAUUCUGUACUACAAAUUACUAUUCUAUAGUAUAAACGAUGAUUAAACAAGAUGAUGUUUCUCUCUAUUGAAUGUUUAUUUUUAUCGCACGAACAGUUCGCCUACAGUCCCAUUCGAACGUUUACGUGUUGGAAGAUUUCUGAUAAUGGGGGGGGGGGGGUUCGGCUAGCCUAGGCCCUGGCCGGCUUAGCAAAGUUUUAGCUAAGCACUGGCGGAUCCAGGGGGCACAUUUAUUGAGAGACAAAAUAAAAAUGUGUAAUGUAGAAAUGCCAUUAAAUACAUGUUGAGGUGUGUUCCCUCUUUUGUUUUGAAAAUGAAUUUGAAGUAGGCCUAGGGCUAGGCCCAAGACAGUAAGAAAAGAGUAGGCCUAAGCUAGGUAAGACUUGUCAAUUUUUUUUGGGUAUGAAUGAUAACUAUGAAAUAUCCUUAAUUUGUGGUUGAAUUUUUUUUUUUCGCAUAAUUUGACAUUUGUCAAAAAAUGUGAAAAAUCUUGGAUCUGCCCCUGCUUUAUACUUUAUAGCCAGGCCCAGCUAACCAAUUUUCUUUGUCAUGGAAUCUGGAUGCGAAGAUCGCAUGUUCACAUCACUUAUGCAAUUACAAUUUAAUAAAACCUUGUCUUCGGUCACCCAAGCCAAGGGUUCAUUACCGUAUGGGCACUAGUAUUCAACCCGGCAAAAUUCAAAGAUUUUGACAUAUUCCCCCAAAUAUUUAGAAAUAGGGAAUUUAUCUUAAUUUCAUACCUUUGUUAUUUCCAGGAUAAUCUGUUGUCGGUAUUUUCUUUAUAAAUCUGUCGACUGUAAGCGCAGAGGAUCGAAUUGUGCGGCGAUGGCCUUUUGCACUGAAUGGCACUAGUAUUCAACCUAGUGAGGAUAGAUAGCAAAUCUCAAAAGGGUUUAGAUUGCUGAAUUAGAUCUAGAUCUAUGUAAGUCUUUGGCUUUGAUUAAUUCCCUGUUUGGUCUCAUCUCAAAUGGUCUAGUCCAUAGUCGGAUGGGACAAGGGCAGAUUGAGUGACAGCUAGGCCUAUAGGGCCAUCUUUCAUCGCUAGGUUGAAUACUAGUGCCGACGGAUUGAAUACUAGUGCCAAAAACCAUCGCCGUAUAAUUCGAUCGCCCGCGCACACAGUCGACUGGUUGAAGAAAAAAAUAAAGGAAAAAGAAUAACCAGCAUUUGCUCUUGGAAAUAAGAUGGGUGUAAAAUUAAGGUAAAUUCAAUAUUUCUAUAUAUUUGAGGAAACUGUCCAAACAGGUUGAAUACUAUAUAGUGCCCUUACGGUACAUGCUGCCGCGCACAGAAAAAUCAAGCCAUGUAUAAGUCGCGUGUUGUGGACACCAGCAGAAGUGGGAUCCUAGCACGUGCGGCCCACUAACGUAAGUUAGAAAUCCACUGCCAAACGCGGUUCAUGGUGUGACUGUGAGGACUGAGGUUAGUAUACUAACCUCGCAAUAUGUGUGAGUGUCAUCAGUUAUAUUCCCUGUGACACAUCUAGAUCUAGACUUCUAUUCUAAAUCAGGAAGAUUGUCAACUGUAUUAACAACACAACAGUUAGAUCCAGUAAGACGAGAUCUAACAUUUAUAGAUCUAACAAAAAAGUUACUAACUUUAGAUCUAACUUAGAUAACUUUUAUCUAACUUUAGAUCCAAUUUAGAUCUAGACUAGAGUACUAUUUAAGGUUAGGCCUACAUGUAGAUCUAGCUUAGGCUAGAUUCUAGUGUAGAUCUGGAUCAAGAUCUAGGCAUUAGCGUACCUAGGGGGGGGGGGGGGGUGUCCCUUAAGAGUCACAACCCAUGAAAGGGACGUAUCCCUGCCCCCCCCCCCCCCCCCUGAUGAGCCGCUCCUUUGUACUUGUAGAUUUUUAUUUUUUUUUUCCUUGUCAACUUUUUUUCUGGUACGAAAUCCUUCAUUUUUGGUUAAAGACCCUUUUUUUUCUUUAAAAUAAGAUUAUCUUACAAAUAUCAGAAUGCUACAGACAAAGAUAUCAAUCCAGAAAUUUUCAGCUCAUUUCAUUCUUUGAAAUACUGUAUAUUGUACCGGUAUAUUGCAGAGAUUAAAUAGUUUAUAUAUUGUAUUUUAAUCAGGUACACAAUGGAUAGUUUUUUUUAGCAUUUUUAAUGCAAUAAAUUUUGAAUUUUUUGUACAAAAAUAAUAGCAAAGAUUGAAUAAUGUUAGAAAUAUUGUAAUGGAUGAAACUGGAUAUUAAACCCAGUUUGUAACUUUGUUGAUGAUAGAUUUUUUUUUUAAAUCACCAUUUCAACUCUUGUUGCAAUUAAAAUUGCAAACCUUUAGGUCAGACAGGAAUCACUUAAGCUUUAUAUUCAAAUAUCAAGAUAUUGAUGAUAAAAAGUUCAUGUCUCAGUGUACCACAAAACCAUGAAAAAUUCUUCUUGUUGGGUUGGCAUUUCUCUCUGUGUGUUUCACGUUACUGCUCCAGUCCACACACAGGUUCUGCCUGCUUGGUGGUAUCGGGCAUGGCGUACGGCAAACGUCUAUUUGUUGCUUUGUUCUGGAGAGUUUUAUUUCAUCUAAAACUCCCAUGUAUUGUUGAAUGUACUCUUGAAAAAGAUAUGCAAUACCCUGUACCUCUUAUUUUGUCAGAAGCAAAUUUUCCUAAUUUUGACAAUGUUUAUCCAUCCUUUAAAGAGACCAUAUCACUAGUAAUCAUGAGUGCUGUGACAUUUCCCUUUUCUCUUUUUUUUUCCCUUAAGGAGUCACGACUAAGCUGGUUACCUUUUGUAUCUUGGCCCUGACAGGGGCAGCAUCCACCAGCGUUUUCCCUGCCAUCAACAUAUAUGCAAUCACUUAUACAGUAGUGCAGGCUGUCUCCAACACAGCAGCUGUGCAAAAGACUACUUCCCCUUAAGCAGAGUCGCGACUAAGCUGGUUACCUUUUGUAUCUUGGCCCUGACAGGGGCAGCAUCCACUGGCGUUUUUCCUGCCAUCAACACAAUCACUGCUACAUUCAUUUUUGGACUGAGAAUAUGGCAAAUUUCUACCGCCUUCGUCAGCUUGACAGGGUCAGAGAGGCGGAAAUGAGGCCAGAGAGGGGACUCACAGAUCACAAGAAUCCAUUUGAAUUGUAUGACGAUCGUGAUUUCAAGAUUCGAUACAGAUUUACAAAACACACAGCACUCUACCUCAUCAACAUGCUUGAAGGAGAUCUCAGUAGGAACACAGAUCGGAAUAAUCCACUACCUGUUGUGGUACAAGUCAUGACUGCUCUGCGUUUUUAUGCCGUAGGUUCAUUCCAAAUUAUGCAUGGUGAUGAGGCAUCAAUAUCUCAGCCAUCUGUGAGCCGAGUCAUCAAGAAGGUUUCAGAAGCUAUUGCAAGAAGGAAACGGGAAUUCAUGAGAUUUCCAACGAGAGACGAACUUGAAACAACGCAGCAGCAAUUCUAUGAGUACUGCGGCUUUCCCGGGGUCAUCGGUGCUAUAGAUGGGACCCAUGUCUACAUCAGGAGUCCUGGUGGGGAACAAGCCCUGUUUUUCCUUAACAGGAAAAACAGGUAUUCAGUUAAUGUACAGGUUGUCUGUGAUCAUGCUGGGAAAAUGACAAGUAUCGUGGCAAGGUGGCCAGGCAGCACUCACGAUUCAAGGAUUUUCUCUGAGAGUUCGCUGAAACAACAGCUGGAGGCAAGGGCAGAAGGUACUGGGUGGCUACUUGGAGAUAGUGGGUACCCCUGCCUCCCGUUCCUGAUGACCCCCAUCCUACAUCCUCAUCCAGGGCCACAGAUGCGCUACAAUAAUGCCCAUAAAAGAAGACGGUGCGUUAUUGAGCGCACCUUUGGCCGUUGGAAGAGGAGGUUCCCUUGCCUAAAUGAUCUGCGCGUGAAGGUGGACACUACCUUUACUAUUAUAGUGGCAUGCUCGGUUCUUUGGAAUAUCUCUCUCACUCAUGGAGAGCAAGAUAUUCAAGAACUUGAGCCAAUUGAUGAUGCAAUGCCACCUGACCACCUUCCUCCUGGCCUCCGUGAUGCUGUCGCUGGUAGGCUCAGGAGAGAACAGAUUAUUGAGGACCAUUUUACCCACCCUUAGAAUCUCCAGAGUAGCCACUCGGUACCAUCUGCUCAGGCAACAGUUGUUCUUUCAGUUACUCCAGUGAAAUUCCAAGAAUUAUGAUGCUGUCAAGGUACUUGUUAUAUUUCCAGCUAGCAGGGUUUCACGCAGCUACAUUUUAUUAUGUAAUAGGUCUUCAUAAAUGAAAGUGGUUGCAGUUAACACUGAUUUUACGAGAAAGUCUGCACACCAAACUUAAUUGUCACUAUAACAUUGUGGAUCUAGGUCUGGUACAGUUACAUAAACUAAAGUUUGUGACAUCCUGAAUCUAAGCUGAAAAAUGUAAAUCACACUCAAGAUCAGCAACUCAGAUAAGCACAUGUGGGACAGUAUUUAUUAUUGUUUUGAAAAAUGCCCAACAAUUGACCUGAAUCCCGUGCUCGUUUUGCUAAUUUCUUUGUAAUUUCACAAUUUCUUCCAGAAUCCUUUGGCACAUAUUUUUAUGCCCCCGCAGGCGAAGUCCGCAGGGAGCAUUAAGCGUUGCCUCUAUCCGUCCGUCCGACCCCUCACUUGGUUUUUGCGCAAUAACUUGAAAAAUAUUUCAUAGAUUUUUAGAAUUGUGGGUGUGCAGGUAGAUGACACCAAAAUACAGGCAAAGUUCGAAUUUGAAGUCUGCAGGUCAAAGCUUAUUAAAUGAGCGAGUUGGUUUCACCAUGAUAACUUAAGAAAUAUUCAACAGAUUUUUUAUAAAUUGUGGAGUGUAGGUAGACGACACCAAAAUGCAGGCUAAGUUUGAUUGCGGAGUCCGCAGGUCAAAGGUCAUAGCUCAUAUAUACAAGUUGGUUUUUGCGUAGUAAACUAGCGUUAAGUGGGGGCAUCUGUGUCCUUUGGACACCUCAAAUUUUUAGUUUAUUCAUACCAGCAGACACCAUGGUGUACAUUUUAUUUGAUUCUGUAAAAAGUCAUUUUGAGGUCGUUCCCACAGCUGGAAUUUAUCUUUAAAUCUUAUUUUGUUUUAUCUCAAUCUGUAAAUAUCAAAUCUUUUACCCGAUAUUAUUUCAUAAUCUAUAAUCAACCAAGCAGGUAAUAGUUCAGUGGAAUAUGAUCUUUAUCUAGUUUUUCCUUUUGUCAGCUGCAUCAUGGUCAUGAUGAGCAAAUAUCCAGUAAUCAUACUCAAAUUUACAUGGAAUGUGAUAAGAUAGUAGCUGCAUGAAACCCUGCUCACGAACAGCUUAUACACUAAUUGGCAUUUAUUGUUUCCCACCAUUCACUCCUGAUGUAAACAUAUCUCAUAUGUACACCAAGCACACCUGGUUAGCCGUAGCAUUCAUAGAAUUGUUGGUUUUUUUAGUCUUCUUUCAAUGUUGUGAACUCUUGAAUGUAACUUUCCUUUUUGCUUUAGUUUCAAAACCAUCUUGAAUGACUCGAGCAAACGGUGACCGGUAAUUUUGCCUUGUCACCAUUGCAUACAAUGGCCUUUUUCUAUACUCCACGAGGCCUUUGACUAGUUUACGACAAGUAGUGGAUCAAUCUAUUGUGUGUUUCUCCUGAUUUCUUCAAGCAUGUUGAUGAAGUGUAUUCCAUAACAUAUGAUAAUUGCUCAAA